UUAUUAUCUGGCUCUUCAAUUUAGGGGUUAUAUCGCGGCUAGUAUGCCUAUUUAGGACUGAUUGAUGGCUGUGUUUGAUGCGGCCAACCAACCCCCAAGAACACCCGUGCGUUAAAUAGAUACGUCAAGCUUGCCCAAUCGACACAAGGCACCUCAGUCUCGCUCAGGCAUGGACCGGCAGAGCUUCACUCAUGAUACCAUUAUCUGUUCAGAUACAGUAACAGAUGAUUCGAUAGAGGGGCACAGAGAAAGCGAAUAAAGCAAGAAAAGUAAUAGAAGGAUCGUUGAUGCACGACGGGGGAUAGAGAGGGGGAAAAAGUAUAGCGAGAGAGCGACAGACUGAGAAAAAGAGACAGAGAGAAAGAAAAGGAGGAGCGCUAAAACCUCUGCGCCCGAUUGCGUUUCGUACGAGAUUCUAAAGCUCAUUUUAAGCCGAGUUUACGCACCGAUAUAGACCAGUACCGGGGACUCGUUUACAAAAUUUCUUGGCUUCCUUUUUAUAAACUUUGGCUCCAUUUUCCCAGCCCUGUCUCUCUUCCAUCAUACCCCGGCAGGAUGACUCGUAUCCAAGAUUCUCCCUGAAACACUUUUCUCCAAUAGCAUCACCAAGCUCUGGGCUUCUCAAUGAAGAAUAAUCAAAACGACGUCGCAGGUGUAGACUGGUGGUCAUUUUAGCUCGCUGACAUCGUCGAGCAGGGAUAUCUAUCCAUUCAUGCUGUCGUUUGGUGGUUAUUUACGAACGAAUCCGACAUGAUGAUGCCCAACUUUGCCCUGGCCACGAUCCGGAUCUCUUUUAUUCUUGUCAUUUUAUCACGGGUUACAAGUUCGCCCCUCGACCCGACGGACCAGUAUGGGAAGAGGCGGCGAGGUGGGUCGGCAUCGCGACGCCCGCCGGGCGGCUUACGGUCCGAACAGGAGGCCCCUCCAUGGCGUGAAAACGAUUCACCGUACGGGAAAAACGACCAGGAGUCGAACGACGUCGAUGACGACGAACAAACGGAAGAAGAGGACGACUAUUCGGAUUAUUCAGAACCUAAAGUAGAAGGGGAUGCCGAAAGGAGGUUACUGACUUCAUUUGGCCUCUCUAAAUUACCGAAGCUUGAUAAGAAAGCGGUGAAACAGGCCCCUUCCUUCAUGUUGGAUCUGUAUGAAAAGUUACAAGGUUCACAAAAUGAUAAAACCUCGGAGGAUUUUAACGAUGCUGACGAUGCAACACCAGCAGCGAACACAGUCAGAAGUUAUUCUGAGAGAGGUCCAAUCUGUCACAGAUCAUCGCUGAAAACAAAUAUUAUUUGAGGACUACAACAAAAGUGAUAUCAGGUAUGAUUUAUAGAAUAUAAGUUCAUCCAAGACCCUGAAAGGCUGACACUAUUUGUGUGUAAGACCGUGUCGACAGGCCAAGCUUGCUGGUGUACAGCAUUACCAAACAAAAGAAAAUUGGCCCAAUUACGUACAAAUUACUACAAUUACAGUCACCAGACAAGGUAGACCUCACACACGUAACCACCGAGGGAAUU